AUAUAUUAAUUUUAAAUGCUGACAAAGGAAAUGUUACGGUUGCAAUGGACAUUAAUGACUACAAACAGAGGAUGAACAGUAUUAUUUCAGAUAUGAUGACAUAUCAACGGGUGAACAAAGAUCCAACAACAGGUUUGAUAAAAAAGAAUAAUGAACUGGUGGAGGAGCUAUACAAAAACAACAUUAUUACGACAAUGGAAAGGAAAAAACUCAGAAGUGACGUGGCUACAGCUCCAAGAUUGUAUGGACUACCAAAAAUCCACAAGGUAGAUUUCCCGUUACGCCCGAUCUGUUCUUCAAUCAAUUCUCCGUCGGAAGAACUGUGCAAAUAUGUGGUUAAAAUUUUAAAAAAUCUUACCAAAUUCUCCAAAUAUAACGUUCAAGACUCAAUGGCGUUCAAAAACAAAGUUAAAAAUAUGACGAUUAAAGAAAAUGACAGGAUGGUUUCGUUUGACGUAGUAUCACUCUUCCCAAGCAUACCGAUAGAUCUUGGUAUUCAAAUAAUCGACGAAAGGUGGGAAGAACUAAAAGAAUACACAAAUAUGACAAAGGGCCUAUUUUUAAGUAUUCUAAAAUUUUGCAUUAAAGACAACCGAUAUUUCAAAUACGACGACAAGAUAUAUAAACAAAAGAAAGGACUGCCAAUGGGUUCACCAGCUUCUCCAGUUGUGGCGGAUAUAGUCAUGGAGAAACUCUUAGACACCUGCAUGGAAAAACUGACAACAAAACCCAAAAUAUUAACGAAAUACGUGGACGAUCUUUUUGUGAUAACUGGGGAAGAUGCAAUCAAUGAUACAUUGAAUAUACUUAACAGUUUCAGCAACAAUAUCAAAUUCACCAUGGAGGAUGAAAUGAAUGGAUGUUUACCAUAUCUAGACACAAUAAUAUAUAGAAAUAAGGACAAAUUAGAAUUAGACUGGUAUCAGAAACCCACGGCAUCGGGAAGAAUUAUAAAUUUCUUUUCGAAACAUCCCAAGCAAAUGAUUAUAAACACUGCAAAAAAUUUAGUACAUAGAGUAAUGAGCAUUAGUGACGAGAAAUUCCAUAACAAGAACAAACACAAAAUCCGAGAUAUUCUAACAAACAACAAUUUUCCAAUAAGAAUAAUAAAUAGAUUAAUAGGACGACGGAAUACUACUAGAGAAACCCAAAAAGAUGAAAAGAUAUAUAAAUCUAUGAUUUACGUACCAAAUUUAUCAGAACGAUUCCAGAACUCAAAUUUAUAUGAUAAGAACAAAUAUAUAAUAGCCCAGAAAAACAACAACACUCUCAAAAAGCUAUUUAGCCAUACAAAAGACAAAAUACAAAAUCCUGAUAAACACAAUGUGAUAUACCAAAUACAAUGCGAUGGCAACCCUAACGAAAAAUGUGGGAAAUAUUAUGUUGGUACCACAAAAAAUAAAUUGAAAACUAGACUAUCAGCCCAUAAGUCUGAUUUAAAAAUGAGAAACCAAAAUUACACACAAAAAACAGCGCUUGCGGAACACUGUAUAUCAAGCAACCAUCAGCCAAACCUUGAACAAGUAAAAAUACUGCAAACGGAAAACCAUUACCACAGAAGACUCACAUUAGAAAUGUUACACAUCAACAAUCUACACACAACAGAGAGAAUAAAUUUUAAGAGCGACACAGAUAACGCAGCUUAUUGCUAUAGGCAUUUGACACAAAAGAAGAGAUCGUGCAAUAUGUAAACAAAAUCAGUGCAAUAUUAACAGCCGACGAUGAUAGUGCAUUCUAUCGUAGUUAUUAAGUUAACUUGACGAUUAUUGUUUACAAAAUAUUAUAUUAUCUUGUAGAUCCCCUGAAGAUGCAAUUUAUACAAUUGCGAAAUAUCGGAGAUCAAAAAUGAAAUAAAAUAAAAAACUGGCCUAAAGCUCAAAAAAACUCA